UCUGUCACCUGAAAGGGGCGGCAGUGACACACGUGCUAAACAACACUAAGCAGACUUCCUUCAACAGAAUAAAAAGAUGCGUUUCACAUCCACCUUGGACCAAAUAAAUCAGUGUGAGACACAUUGAAGGGAUUUACUUGCUUUCUAAUUUAGUGGGAGCCAGUCACAAGAGGCAGAAUGCGGGACAUGCUGGAGAGGCUGCAGACCAUUAAGGAGGAGCAGGACUGCGAGCCAGAGUUUUUUGGAGCAGACUAUGAUGUAGACAAGGAGCCCCAACAGGCAGUGGUGUUUGAGGACUCCUCACCUAUUGACAACAUCCUGAGGGAGGCCCACUCCAUACGCAUGGAGAUCUCCUUGCUCCACUUACAGGUGAAGCGUCUGAGCACACAUAACGAACGCUUUAGCACCUCUGUGCGGCGUCUCACCCUACUCAAAAAGGACUCUGACUCCAUCGCCAGGGGGAUCCAGCAACGUGGGGAGGCUCUGCACGUCCGUCUUCAGGGCCUGGGUAAAGAGAGCAGCAGGUUAGAGGUAAAAGAAGGUCCCAACUCGGCUGUUAGUCGCAUUGCCCGAACUCAGUGUGACACACUGACCCGUGCCUUCCAUGCUGCCAUGAGUGACUACAAUGAGGCAGAGGAGAUGCAGAGAAAUUCAUGUCGGAGGAGGAUCCAGAGACAGGCCUCCAUAAUGGGUACUGAAAUCACCGAUGUCCAGCUGGAUUUGAUGGUGGACAAAGGUGGUGAGGGAUGGGCUGAGCUGUCCCAGAGCCUGCAGACCCCAGGUGGAAGCUCGUCCCGCUGGGCGAUGUGUGAGAUCAAGGGCAGACACAAGGAGCUGGUGGAGCUGGAGGUCAGGCUGAAGCAGGUCCAUGAACUGUUCCUGCACAUGGCCGUGAUGGUGGAGGAGCAGGGAUCCAUGCUUGAUAACAUUGAGUCUAAUGUGUGUGGCACUCAGGAAUGUGUUGAGAAAAUCAAUGUUGACAUCAAGAAGGCCCUACAGUACAAGAGGAAGAAUCCUUUUCAGCAAUGUUGUCCCUGUCUACCCUGUUGGAGACACAACCAAACUUUUUAGGGCUUACUUUGACUUAAUGCAAUUUUAUGUAUGAUUUUAAAAAAUGAAAUAAACAUUUACCUGUGUAAAAACCGUUA